GGUGUAAUAGUUAAAGGCUUGAAAGACGCGUAAAAACUAAAAACACACAGCCAGAGAGAUCUAUAAAGAGUACAUAAAUGUAACCUUAAUAACUACUUCUAAUUCUAUUGACAUUGCAUCAUUCUCUAAGGUCGUGGAUUGUUUUAUGCAUCAAAUUCUAUCUUGCGCAAUACUAUAACAAUCAUAUAUAUCAUUGUGUAAGUUUGUUUUAUCCUGUUAUUUAUUUUACGUGUUUGUCUUUAUCUCGUUUUUUUAUCGUAAAUCAAAGCAAACUCGAUCGAGACUUUUGAAUGAGUAAAACAGUAACGUUGCGCAAUAUACAUGUAUCAAGUCAUUAAGCAAGCGCGGCAGCUGUCAAUACUGUCGCGAUAACCUUCUGAUAAUCUUGUUUCUGAAAUUGUGCCAUAUUAAAAAAUUGAUCCAGUGAACUUUUAUCCAAUCUAACGUGCUUUUGCCAUUUUUGUUCAACUUUUUUAGACUCGUUGAAUAACUGCUUGAAAAACUAUUUUUCAACGGAAAACUUUCUCAUAUCGUGCGUCUCUUUUUUAAGUUAUCUCUCUGCUAACCAAUAAAUCAUCGUUCAAACUGAUAAUGCACGUGAAUUAUCUGUCGGCAAACAUUGCAAUCAGUCAGUAUGUCCAGACCGGAAGACAAAUACUAUCUGUUUCUAAUGGAAGUGUUCGUGAGACGAGUGUCGAGCGAUCGCUUGGCUAAACUUAAUCAAAUGUUCGCCGUGCCCACCGUCGUCCAUUUCGGAUUCUUCGAUUUCGUAGACGAGGACGAUCUAACGGUGACUUCCGCAGAUCCCCUUAAUCAGUCGCGGAAUGAUAUUAGAAAUUUCUUUGAAGUGUUCAACGCUGGAAAAUCAGUUUUGUUUCCCCUCGAUUACAAUGAAGUGGCGAACUGCGCCGUGGAGAUGGUUCUUAACUUCACCGUGAAGAAACAGAUGUCCGAUAACAUCAUACCGAAAUAUAUUCUAGUCGGCACUGGCACCCUCAACCUGUCCAAGCAGUACUUGGCUCUCAGAAAAGAAAUACUGAAGUGUUGGGGCGCGGGUGUCACGACAACCAAAGAGCUCGACGCUGAAGUGCCAUUAAUUUACAACCACAACCAGUCAGGCACUCUCGACGUCUUUGUGAAAUUGUCCAGUUACGGAGAAACAAUAGUCACGGAAUUUGAUGAGCCGAUAACGGAAGAUUUCUCGACUUCUCUCUUCGGCACUGGUGAAACAACCGAUCGGAUUAUAAUGCACGAUUAUCGAAAAACAGAUUCGAGCGUUAUCGAUCUGUGCGAGGCAUCUAGCAAGAAUCUUCAAGAAUUAUUCAAUUAUCCGGCGAAUAUGUUAAAGAGUUAUAUCUGUGCGCCAUGUGGGAAAGAAAAAAUUGUUAAGAGGGAUGAGGGAAUGAAAAGUAAAGUUGACGAUAGAAUGCUGGAUGUAAAACUGAAGGAUGCGUUAUCGAAGAGCUCGCAAUCUAGUCGCAGUCAGUUCUGCAAGCCGGUAGUUCUCAAGGUCUCUGGUCUCUUUGACAACGGCGAUAACGGUUGUAAAAAACCUACUGUAACCGUUGCUGCGGAACCCGAUACGACCAAACCAGACGCUACGUCGUCCCAACACGAUAUUUUUGUUCUGAGAAUCGGCAAAAAAGGUCUUGUUGGUGUCAACGAGAAGUCCGACAUACAGCUGGAGAUGAAGACUCCGAAAGGAUCUGAAAGAAGGCCACCUAUUAGAUACGAGACUAGAGAUAUACAGACGGAUCUUGAAGUAAAAGAAAAGAAACCGCUAGACCGAAGACGUGAUGAUAAAAAAAAGCACAAAGCUAAGAAAAAACAGCGAAUACGUUCAGAAUUAAAAGUAAGACGGCGCUUCGAUCGAUAAGACUUCAAAUAUAAAUGUCAACCUAAAAUUUCUUCUAUCUCUUCUCUUUAUCGUUGAUAAUAAUCUAAAUUGAAUAAAGUGAUAAACGACAAACAAUACACAAAAUAAACAUUGUUAUCUAUGAAACAUACACAAAUUAUAAAUUACGUAUAAAAUUAUAUAUUAAUACAAAAUCAAAUGGAAGGACAAUUGUUCUUGAUCGAGUUCUUAGUUGACACUGUCAAUAUUCCCGCAAUAUGGGCUAGUCAAGAGAAAAUAUUGCCGACAAAGACUUUCAUCUCGUUUCAAGUACUGGGCUUACCGCCUAUUAAUAUUUAUCAAGGAACGGCAGCAGAAGAUUGCGUCUGUGUUAAUGAGGGAUCGCAAGUCUUUAAAAAGGGCAAAUCCUGUUUGUUCGCUCUUCCAAGUGCUGUUCUUCAAAAACCAUUAACCAUUUUUCCCGUAACAAUGUCUGUGUACAAGGAACUACCGCCGGGACAUUUGCCGGACGUGAUGUUAAUAGGUACUCACCAGAUCCAAAUUUGCGAUCUCGUAAAUUGGGUCCUGAGCCGGCAGAUCGUCGACAACAUCAAUAGCUACAGAAUGAUGAAGAAC